CAUAUUCUUUUUGCACUCCGAUUUGGUCUUUCGCACCUUGUCCCACCGAUUCCACUUGCUCUGGAACGUUCCAUCGCAAUUCUGGAGCACAAGCGUCGAGAAGCCCUUCGGACCCUUCAACGAGAGGAGCGUAAGGAAGCACGACGGAUAAGUGAUGAAUACGAAGAACCUGCUUGUCCAUGUGACAUGAACUCAGAUAUCGACAGUAAUUGA